GCGCUGUGGCAUCCGCUGGACUUUUACUGGAACUAGAGGGUUAUCCCAGUGGCUGCUCCUGGGUGAAGGUCAUCCCCUACUGCUGAUCCGGAUAUCCUUCAGAUCUAAGUUGUGACGCCACAGAUGGACGCCCUGUGUAAUGGUGCCAAGAAACCCGAGGGCUGUGAUCCCGUUGUAGACCCCCGGCCCCCUCCUGCCAAGCUGGCUCGACUGGAACAAAACGGAGCGGGACCCUCGGCCCAGGAGAGGAGCAGGCAGGGGAGUCCUGGAGCCAAGAAACCCUGUCUGGCCCAGAAACCCACCACAGCGAGGCCACAGAGCAAGAACUGGCACAGCAGAGGGAGUCUGUUGCCGGUGUUCUGCGUGGUGGAGCACAAGGAGAGCCCUCUGGAGAGAGAGAGGAGAGAAGAACACGCUGAGUUUGUGCUGGUCAAGAGAGAUCUGCUGUUCAACCAGCUGAUAGAGAUGGCUCUGCUGACACUGGGCUACUCACACAGCUCUGCUGCACAGGCCAAAGGUCUGAUCCAGGUGGGCAAGUGGAACCCGGUGCCUCUGUCCUGUGUAACAGAUGCUCCUGACGCCACAGUGGCUGAUAUGCUGCAGGACGUCCACCAUGUUAUCACCCUUAAAAUACAGCUGCACAGCUGCCCCAAAUUGGAGGACCUGCCGGCCGAGCAGUGGAGUCACUCCACCGUGAGAAACGCUCUGAAGGAGCUCCUCAAGGACAUGAACCAGAGCACUCUGGCCAAGGAGUGCCCACUGUCCCAGAGUAUGAUAUCAUCUAUUGUAAAUAGCACUUACUAUGCAAAUGUCUCAGCUGCCAAGUGUCAGGAGUUUGGUCGAUGGUACAAGCACUUCAGGAAGACCAAAUGCUUCAAAGAGAUUGACAGCUUCUCCGACCAGUCCACACACAUCACCCUCACCCAGCAGCCAAUCACAAGCAGCCCAGCUGAUCAGAGCUCCACCCUUCUUUUCUCUCGCUCGGAAGUUCCCAACAUAUGUGGCCGUCCCCCGCUCGGCCUGCGCCCUCAUGGGUUGGUAACCCAACCGCUGAGCUCCCAAAUGGUCAACCAGCAGCUAGUGAUGGCCCAGUUUCUCAAUCAGCAGUAUGCUGUUAGCCGUAUGCUGGCUGGCCAGGGUCUCUCACCCUCCCCACAGCAGUAUCUUAACCACCCGCCUGUAGGUCGGGCUCCUGCCAAGGUCUUCUCCAAAGCCCCUGAUUCCCAGGCCCCGCAGCAGGCACACUGUGGCCAAGGGGGAGGCCCUACAGCCGGGCUGCAGAGCCAGACGUCGGCUGGGUCUUCUGUGGGGCCAACGGAUGUGCCAGUUGAAAUCUACCACUGUGUACGGGAGGAGCUGAAGAGGGCAGGCAUCUCCCAAGCCAUCUUUGCCCGGGUGGCCUUUAACAGGACCCAGGGCCUGCUGUCAGAGAUUCUACGGAAGGAGGAGGACCCCAAACACGCCUCCCAGUCUUUGCUGGUCAACCUUCGGGCCAUGUAUAGCUUCCUGCAGCUCCCUGAGGCGGAGAGGGAACGUAUCUACCAGGAGGAGAAGGACAGAAGCCUGACUGGAUUCACCCCCAGCUGCAAUAAUACACCUCCAAGACCCACACAGGCUCGAUUGUCCCCAGUCGCAGGAGACAGAUCGUUGAGGACGGACAGUUGUGUUCUCAACGUAAGCGCUUCUAUCUACGAGGAGAUUCAGCACGAGAUGAAGAGAGCCAAGGUGUCCCAGGCUCUGUUUGCAAAGGUUGCUGCCUCCAAGAGUCAGGGCUGGCUGUGUGAGCUGCUGCGUUGGAAGGAGGAUCCCAGUCCAGAGAACCGGACCCUGUGGGAGAACCUGUGCAUGAUCCGCCGGUUCCUCAGCCUGUCACAGACCGAACGAGACGCCAUCUAUGAGCAGGAGAGCGGCAACACGACUGCACAGCAGCACUGCACUGACAGACUCACACUGCUCAGCAACGACAACACACUGUAUCAACGCAACUCCCCGCUGCCACAGCAACACCAUCUCCAGCCUCAUCAGCCCCUGCAGCCCGAGGUACCACCGCACCCGUCUGCCCUGCAACCGUGCGCCGCCUCGCCAGCCGAGUCCGAGGCUGGGGGCAACUGGGGCCACGUGAGGGUACGUCUGCAGGGCAGGGGCAGCGAGAGAGGGGACGGUAAGGAUUGGGUCGAGGGUGGACGAGGAGAGAGGAGCAGUCUGGGAGUUGAGUGGGCUUGUACUGGUAGGGGGUGGGACACGCAUACUGAGAGCAAGGAGCAGGUGAGGGAUGAAAAUGUGGGUGAGGAAGGGAUGAAUGUGAUGGUUGGAGACAGCAAGGAGAGCAGAGCAAAGGAGAAACCCAAUAUGAAGUGGCCCGGCUCGAGGGAUGAUGAUACAGAGAACAAGGUCCUAGAUGGAGAUCAGGUCCAAGGUGAGGGCUUAAGACUGUCCCAUGAAGCACUGGGAAUCCUGCAGAGCUUCAUCCAGGACGUGGGCCUCAACCCAGACGAGGAGGCGGUCCACACGCUGUCGGCUCAGCUGGGCCUGCCCAAGCAUGUCAUCAGAAGAUUCUUCAACAGCCAGGACCACGAGCAGCACGAGAACCAGAGCCCGAAACCCAGUCGAGACAAGCAGCGUGGCUGCACAGAGCCGAGCCUUUCACAGGCGGACAGAACUGUGGAGGAGCAGGUGGAGGAAGGUGAUGGGAAGAGUGACACAGAGGAAAAGGAGGAGGAGAAGCAAACAGGAAGUGAAGGGAGCGAGAUGACUGUUUUGAAAGAAUCAGAUGUUGGCACACAAACCAUUCCCCCUCUGAAGGAGGAGCAGGAGAGCUUCAUCUGACCGAGCACAUGCAGAGAAAGACUGUAUCGCGGAUGACUCCCAGUGUUUUGGAGUCUUGUACAGCUAUGUGUCCUUAAAUGCUGUGGGAAGACUAAAAGAUGACUUCCUGUAUAUGUUUCUACCACAGCUUAGAAGGAUGCUGGUGUUUAAACCCACACAUUACGGUAGGAUCUGAUAUUUGAGGAUUCCUGCUGCACUGGAGACAGACAGUAACUGUGGCUGUGUGUGCAGGUAAUGUCAUGAGGUGUAGAUAUAUGUGUCUGGAUGAAUGGGACCCCGAUGCAAAGAGCCUCAGAUUACAUAUCACAUUAAAAAAAGAGUAAAUGUCGUCGGUUGACUGAGGUUUGAGAAAUGUUCAUGCCAGAAAUGCCUUGUAGAAAGUGGCACUGCCAAACUGUUAUUAUUAACGAUCAAUAUGUCCACUGGUUUUGUUUUGACUGUGUUUUUUAAGUGUUUUGAAUCAGAUUUCAAUCAGAUUUGUUUCCUUCAGAAGUCUCACUGUCAUCUCUUACAUUGUUCAAGUUUGUCCGUCACAUUGUAUUAAAUAUCAAGUUUCCUGAUGCUGUGUUUAACGAAGGCUGAAACGCUGGAUGAUAUAAAUCAUCUGGACUUCACAGUUUUAUAAAUCCUCUGCAUUUUUCACUGCAGUUCCUAAAGCUGCUGUCUGGUUAUUUUCUUAUUAAAAUGAGCGUAAAGAAAUGUAAUCCAGUGUUUGGUCAGUAAACCAUGUCUCCCCUCCCUCCUGGAGUAUAGGGAGGACGGAGGCGACCGCUAACAGCAGCUUUAAUAAAUCAGUGGACGACACGGUAAAUCUUUACAAGAGCAGAAUGUGAGUGGUCACUAAGGAACGAGUGAGGAAUGAUCUGAUUAAUGAACGCUAAAGGUAGUUCUUCAGUAACUUUGAUUCAGGCAUAAAAUGAGUUAAUAGUGAGCAGACUGAGAGAUACUACAUGAACAAAUCAUUAGGUAUUGAUUAGUUCAGAAAUAUCUCUGAACUGACUCGUGGACCAACUUCCCUCACAAUGAUUGAUUUUGUAGAGCGCUCAUUUGCUCCUGAACACAUCAUAGGUUAUUUACAGUAGUUCUAUCAAUGCAUGAAUCUCUAAAUCUCCCAAAAUAUCUACUUUUGUUGUUUUGAGUGUCAUGUCUACACAUCUUGUGGUCGUCAUAUUGUGCUGAUUUAUCAGUUGUUCUGUAGCAGAGACAGACAGCAAUGAAGACUCUAUAAAAGUGUCCCUGAAAGUUUGUUUUGACACUAAAAUCAUCAUUGUCUGUUUCACACGGACCAACUGUAUCUUUGACUAGAAAUAUAAGACAGAAGCUGUGCAGAGUGUACAUGAAAUGUUGAGAUUAAAACACAGCACUUUCAUUUGUAAAAACAAAUAAAUAAAUAAGGGUAAUUCAUUA